CCUUCUUCCCCACACGCGGUGGUAGGAUCCAAACACAAACAACAUGGCGGCUGAUGGUGGCGAGCGUAGCUGUGGAGUACAUGAGUUGAUCUGCGUGAGAAAAGUCUCUCCAGAGGUGCUGGGCUUUCUGACAGCCAUCGGACUCUUCAUCACUCUCAUGACUCUCAUCUUCUGGUACCUCAACAACAAGUCCAUGCUGGAGAAAGCAGGAAGCCUUCAGUGCCUCGACGACUUCAGGAAGAACGCAGACUUGCAAGAAAAUGUUUACGCUGACGACGACCAGCAGGGCUCCUCGUCAGACAGCGAGGAUGAACUGAUGGGUCAGUACCAGAAAGCCGUCAGUCGAGCCCAAGGCCUCAGAGGGUCCAACGUGUGCAGUAACGUCAAACCUGCGGCAAGGUUCCGCUGGGAGAGCCGGCAGAAGUACAGCCCCCUGACGGCCAAAUAUGACGGCUACUGCAGUGACGCCUCCGCGGAUGACGCCAACUGCAUCCAGAGGAUGAGGCGCACACCCCCGCUGGAUGAACUCCAACCUCCGCCCUACCAGGAUGAGAACGGUUCCCCCCGCAUGUCCUGCACCCUCUCGGACCCGGGCGACGCCAAGUGCGAUGUCUCCCAAACCAGUGGCAGCCCACACCUUUCUUUCCGCAAAUGCACCAGUGAGGGAAGCGACGGCCACGAGACGGAGAGUUACCUGAACAAGGGCUACGAGGAGGACGUGCCCAGCGACAGCACAGCGGUUCUCAGUCCCGAGGAGAUGUCAGCCCGUGGUUCAGCAGCACAGCUCCUUAAAGGCUACGAACCAGAUGCACACGCCAAGUACGGCACCCUGGACGUGGUCUUUGACUAUGACCCAGAGGAGCAGCAGCUGGCCGUGACCGUCAUGGCGGCCACGGACCUCCCCGUCCUGAAGCACACCGGCAACGUCUCCUGGCAAGUCCACCUGGUGCUGCUGCCCGGCAAAAAGCAGAGGGCGAAGACGGGAAUCCAGCGAGGCCCGUGCCCUCUUUUCACAGAGACCUUCCACUUCUGCCGCAUGGAGUCCGAAAUGGUCGGCAACUACGCCAUCAGAUUUCGCCUUUACAGCAUGCGGCGGAUGAAGAAGGAGAAAGUGCUGGGGGAGAAUGUCUUCUACCUCACCAAGCUCAACCUUCAGGGGAAAAUGUCCGUGCCGGUGAUUUUAGACCCGUGCUGCACAUAUCAGGGUGCAGAGUCCCAGGUCAGUGUGUCAGACAUGACCUGCAGUGACUUGUCCUUCCCGUCAGUGAGUCAGACGUCCACACCUGAGAUCCUGGUGGGUCUGGUCUACAACGCCACCACAGGACGUCUCUCAGUGGAGGUCAUUAAGGGCAUCCAUUUCAAGAACCUUGCUGCCAACAAGCCACCCAACGGCCUGUUCUGUUGCCUCAAACACUUCAUUGGUGGACAGGUUUAUAUAAUCAGAGACACCUAUGUCAAGCUGACCUUACUGAACUCCAUGGGCCAGGAGAUGUCCCGGUGCAAGACCUCCAUCUGCCGGGGCCAACCCAACCCCACCUACAAGGAGACCUUCGUCUUCCAGGUGGCCCUCUUCCAGCUGUCCGACGUCACGCUCAUCCUCUCCGUCUACAACAAGCGCAGCAUGAAGCGCAAGGAGAUGAUCGGCUGGAUCUCCCUGGGCCUCAACAGCUCCGGGGAGGAGGAGCUCAGCCACUGGACUCUGAUGAAGGAGUCCAAAGGACAGCAGGUCUGCCGCUGGCACAGUCUGCUGGAGUCCUAACGGCAGGACUGACUCCACACGUGGUCUCAGCAGGGUAAGAAAUACAAUCCUGAGAAGUGGGAGUGGUGGAAGGAGCACAACCAGGUCCUUCUGUCAGGGUCACAACCAGGUUCUUGUGUCUGGGUCACAACCAGGUCCUUCUGUCUGGGUCACAACCAGGUUCUUGUGUGUGGGUCACAACCAGGUCUUUGUGUCUGGGUCACAACCAGGUUCUUGUGUCUGGGUCACAACCAGGUCUUUGUGUCUGGGUCACAACCAGGUUCUUGUCGCCUACAGUGAGGACUGGAAACUGUGCCGAGGUCUCAUCGGUGCAUUUUCAGCCGUUUAAAAAGCACACUUUGUCAGAAAAAUAGCGGCUGUGUGGAAUGUAGGAUGAUAAUAAAGCACAGGAAUAUAAAAUAGUACAACAUUCCAAUUUGGAUGAGCAAAUUAAAGGUGAAAUAGUUUGCUGGUGUCAUGUUAUGUGGUGAACUAAGUGAGCCACUCAUCCAGGUCAGGUCUACCGUGUUUCUUAUGAGUCAAAAGUGCCUGCUUAGAGGAGCCAUGGUGUCCACGUGUCACUAACUAGUCGUGUCACUAACUAGUUCUCUUAAUGCAGGGGUGUCCUAACUUUUGGA